UGGAGCUUUGCGGCCCGGCCUAAUUCAAGAUGGCGAAGACCUUUGUAUGGCCGUGGCAGUAUAAUUUUCCUCCUUUUUUCACGCUUCAAACGAAUUUGGAUACUCGCAGAAAACAAAUCGAAGGAUGGUGUGAUCUUGUGUUGGCCUUCUACAAAUAUCAUAAACGCUACGUUCUCGAUGUCACAGAAGCACAGACAAGCGAAUUAUUCUCCAAUAAGAAGAUUGAUCGUAAACUAUCUCUAGAAACCAUAAAUCUUAUCUUGGAAGAACUUCAAUCAAAAGGCAACAUUGAAUGGGAGGAUAAGAAAAAGCAGAGAUGCUUUGUCAUGUGGCGCACUCCAGAUGAAUGGGCUGCCUUGAUCUUCAAAUGGGUGCAAGAAAAUGGAAUGACGGACACCGUAUGUACAUUAUUUGAGUUGAGAGCUGGAGAUGACACUGUAAAUGAAGAGUUCUAUGGCAUUGACAUGUGGAUGCUGAAAAAAGCCCUGGGUCAACUGGAACUCAAAGGAAAAGCUCAAAUGUUUGAAGCUCCAGAUGCUACAGAUGAUAGUGGACAAGGAGUAAAGUUCUUUUCAUAGCUAAAGAGGCAUACGAAAACAGUUAAUAUCUGCAAUGAUUUCACAAUCUUUAAUCUCAGUUUUACCAUCAGAUGGUAAAAGUAGGAGGACAAGGAAAGUUAAUUUUAGUUUCUGAAGGAACUGAUAGUUGAUGGAAAUCAGUGUUGAGAAGGAAAACUAGGUUAAAGUGUUUUGAAAAUACAUUAUUCUGCAUCGGCAAAAAAUAUAAACCCUUUGUUGAUACUAAAGUGCAAGUUGGUAGGGGUCAGUAAACCAACGGCUAGAAGCAAAUUCAGAAAAUCUGAUAUUUGAACUGCAAACCUUCUGCAGUAACAUAGAUAACCACACACACACACACACACAAAACUUUUCCUGCUUGUCCCAAUGAAAAGCUAAUGCUGACUGCUUUCAUUGGAUUUAAAGACUUCCUUGUAGGACAUGACUUAAGGAUCAAAUUUAUCUAAACAAAGCUUCAAUUUUUUUUUUCGAUGAUCACAGAUUGUAGUAAACUGCUAAUAGGAACUGAUCACGGUAUCUGGCAGAUUACAUGGCUACACUGACAAAUGCUGGAGGGUUGUCAAAGUUGUAAAAAUUAUUGGCAAUAAUCUCGAUGUAAAGACUGAUAUGCAAA